AUGCUUGUAGAGACGAAUUGGAGAGAUAGAAUUGCCUCUUGGGGGUGUCAAACAUGCCAUUCUUCAGAAGGUUUUGGCCCUAUCUCAUAUUAUGGUGACCUGACACAAUGUUUUAUUGAUGGUAUUUUGCUUAAUUUAACUUCCUUUUUUAUGAUAAUAUUUGGUUCAAGAGAAAUUGUUAGAUUAGUUAAAAGGAAAAAUUUUGGUAUCAAAUAUAGAAGAAAUUGGUUAAUUUUUACUAGAAUUUUAUUGAUACUUCUUCAAAUCCUUUUCACUGCGUGGAUUCCUUUGAAAUUACCUGUUCAUAAAGGUAAAGAUUUAACUGUCAUAACUCAAUACAGUUUUACUCUCCUAUCACUAUUUAUUGCUUUAUCUUUACACUGGAUCGAAUAUCAUAAAUGUAGAGUAGCUAACGGUAUUCUACUAUUCUACUGGUUAUUUGAAAGUAUUGGUAAUUUUGCUAAAUUUUUUAAUUUUUUCAUUAGACAUCACUAUGAAGGGGAAUGGCCUUUCAAUGAAUCUGUUUUUGUUUUCACUGUUUUUCAAACUGUCUUAUCUAUAUCUAUUCUGUUAAUUGAAGCUCUGCCCACUAAACCUAUCAUGCCAUACCAUGAAAUCCAACAAUAUUUAUCGAGAAGAAAACCAAACCCAAACGAUACUGCAAACAUUUUCUCUAGAAUUUCUUUCACCUGGAUGUCUGAAUUAAUGAAGAUUGGUUAUGAAAAAUACUUAAUUGAAGAGGAUUUAUAUAAAUUACCAGAAAGUUUUGAUGCAAAAGAAGUCUCCAAGAAUCUAAAUAGAAAUUGGGAAAAUGAAAUUAAACAUAAAACCAAUCCAUCAUUGACUUGGGCCUUAUUCAAAACAUAUGGUCCAGUUAUGCUAUUGGCUGCCUUCUUUAAAGUUUUGCAUGAUAUUUUAGCCUUCACACAACCACAACUACUAAGAAUUUUAAUUAAGUUCGUUUCUGACUAUAAUGAACAAAGAAAGGCUUCCGAUUCUUACGUUUUUUUGUUUGAUAAUUUGAAACGAUUACCACUGGUUCGUGGGUUUAUGAUUGCUUUAGGUAUGUUUAUCGUUGGUUUUACUCAAACCUGUGUUCUUCAUCAGUACUUCUUAAACACUUUCAACACUGGUAUGAAAAUUAGGGGUGCUUUAACAUGCAUGCUAUAUGAAAAAGCCUUAGUUCUAUCUAAUGAAGCUUCUGCCACUUCCACUACUGGUGAUGUUGUAAAUUUAAUGAGUGUUGAUAUCCAAAAAUUACAAGAUUUAUGCCAAUUCUUCCAUUUGAUUUGGUCUGGUCCUUUCCAAAUCGUAAUCUGUUUAGUAUCUUUGGACAAAUUAUUGGGUCCCUCUAUGUGGAUUGGUGUUGUAAUCCUGGUUAUUAUGAUUCCAUUUAAUUCCUACCUUGUUAAGAUUCAAAAGAAAUUACAAAAGACUCAAAUGAUUUACAAAGAUAAGCGAACUAGUGUAAUUAGUGAAAUAUUAAAUAAUAUUAAAUCAUUGAAACUAUAUGCCUGGGAAAAACCAUAUAAGGAAAAACUAGAACAUGUUAGAAAUGACGAGGAAUUGGCCAAUUUAACUAAACUAGGUGUUUUUAUGGCUAUGACAACCUUCCAAUUCAAUAUUGUCCCAUUUUUGGUCUCAUGCUCAACAUUUGCUGUUUUCGUCUACACAGAAAAAAGAGCUUUAACUAUUGAUUUAGUUUUCCCAGCGUUAACCCUUUUCAACUUACUAUCUUUCCCAUUAUUCGUCAUUCCAAACGUUUUAACUUCCUUUAUUGAAGUCUCUGUAUCCAUCAAAAGAUUAUUCAGUUUCUUAACUAAUGAAGAAUUGCAAAAGGAUUCUGUUCAACAUUUAUCUAAGGUCACAAACCAAGGUGAAGUAGCUGUCAAUGUUGGCGACAAUGCCACCUUUUUGUGGAAACGUAAACCUGAAUACAAAGUUGCUUUAAAAAAUAUCAAUUUUCAAGCUAAGAAAGGCGAGUUAGCAUGUAUCGUCGGUAAGGUUGGAAGUGGUAAAAGUGGGUUUAUCCAAAGCUUAUUAGGUGAUUUGUUUAGAGUUAAGGGAUUUGCCACUGUUCAUGGUUCUAUAGCUUAUGUGUCCCAGGUCCCAUGGAUUAUGAACGGUACUGUUAGAGAAAAUAUUCUAUUCGGUCAUAAGUAUGAUCCUGAAUUCUAUGAAAAGACUAUUAAAGCAUGUGCUUUAACUAUUGAUUUAGCUGUUUUAGUAGACGGUGAUAAUACUUUAGUUGGUGAAAAGGGUAUUUCAUUAUCUGGUGGUCAAAAGGCACGUCUAUCUUUAGCUAGAGCUGUAUAUGCUAGAGCUGAUACUUACUUGUUGGAUGAUCCAUUAGCUGCUGUGGACGAACAUGUUGCCAAACAUUUAAUUGAACAUGUUUUAGGUCCUCAUGGCUUAUUACAUACGAAGACAAAAAUUCUAGCAACAAACAAGAUCUCAGUCCUUUCCAUUGCUGAUUCUAUUACAUUAUUGGAAAAUGGUGAAAUUGUGGAACAUGGUACCUAUGAUGAGGUUACAUCUAAUGAAAAUUCCGCAUUAGGCAAAUUGAUUAGCGAGUUUGGUAAGAAAGAUAGUAAAACUAACUCUACGUCCCAGAUUCAAUCUAGUUCUGCCUCUUCUAUCGAAAAUAAGCAUGAAGAUAGUGUUCCAUUAGAAGCUGAAUUAGAACAACUAAAGAAAUUGAAUGAUUUAGAUUUAGUGGAGGAAGAUUCACGCAGCUUAAGAAGAGCUAGUGAUGCAACUCUCCGUAGUAUGGAUUUUGGUGAUAGUGAGAGAAGAGAACAUCGUGAACAAGGUAAAGUAAAAUGGUCCAUCUACUGGGAGUAUGCUAAAGCAUGCAAUCCACGUAACGUUAUAAUAUUAAUUGGCUUCAUUAUUUUGUCCAUGUUUUUAACUGUGAUGAGUAGUGUGUGGUUAAAACAUUGGUCUGAAAUCAAUACUAAAUAUAAUGCUAACCCUAAUGCAGGGCGUUACCUAUUUAUUUAUUUGGCUCUAGGUGUUGGGUCUGCUUUGUCAACACUGAUUCAAACUGUGAUAUUAUGGGUUUUCUGUACAAUUCAUGGUUCUAAAUACCUACACGGCAUCAUGACAGAUGCUAUAUUCAGAGCUCCAAUGUCCUUCUUUGAGACCACACCGAUUGGCCGUAUCUUGAACAGGUUCUCUAACGAUAUUUACAAAGUGGAUACUGUAUUAGGAAGAACAUUUUCGCAAUUUUUGGUCAAUGCAGUUAAGGUAAUUUUCACCAUGCUUGUUAUCUGCUGGACCACGUGGGAAUUUAUAUUUAUCAUCAUUCCAUUAGGUGUAUUAUACAUCUAUUACCAACAAUACUACUUAAGAAGUUCCAGAGAAUUACGUCGUUUAGAAUCUUUAACGAAGUCACCAAUUUACUCGCACUUUCAAGAAACGUUGGGUGGGAUGGUUACUAUUCGUGGGUUUGGACAGCAAACAAGAUUCAGCCAUAUAAAUCAAUGUAGAGUGGACAACAACUUAAGUGCCUAUUACCCAUCGGUGAAUUCGAACCGUUGGUUAGCAUUCAGAUUAGAGACCAUCGGUUCUGUGAUUAUCCUGGGUGCUGCCACAUUGGCUAUUAUUAGAUUAGGUGAAGGCACGUUGACUGCAGGGAUGGUAGGUUUAUCGUUAUCCUAUGCUUUACAGAUCACGCAAACGUUGAAUUGGAUUGUUAGAAUGACAGUGGAAGUGGAAACCAAUAUAGUUUCGGUGGAAAGAAUCAAGGAGUAUGCAGAGAUCAAGAGUGAGGCGCCUGCUGUUAUUGAAAACAAGAGACCUCCAUCGGAUUGGCCACAAGAGGGAUCCAUCGAGUUCAGGAAUUAUUCUACAAGAUACAGACCCGAACUUGAUUUAGUGCUAAGGGAUAUAAACUUGACGAUUAACCCAAGAGAGAAGAUCGGUAUUGUGGGAAGAACAGGUGCAGGAAAAUCGUCGUUAACGUUGGCAUUAUUCCGUAUCAUCGAGGCAGCCUCUGGUCAAAUUAUUAUCGACGGUAUACCUAUUGAUACCAUGGGGUUAUAUGAUUUAAGGCAUAAAUUAUCUAUUAUUCCACAAGAUUCCCAGGUCUUUGAAGGUACAAUCCGGGAAAACAUAGAUCCAACGCAUCUAUAUUCUGAUGAGGCCAUUUGGAGAGCAUUGGAGUUGAGUCAUUUGAAGGAUCAUGUGAUGAGCAUGGGUCCAUUAGGUCUUGAAUCUGCAUUGAAUGAAGGAGGUAGUAAUUUAAGUGUUGGACAAAGACAAUUAAUGUGUCUUGCCCGUGCACUGCUGAUUCCAUCGAAGAUUUUAAUAUUGGACGAAGCUACAGCGGCAGUGGAUGUGGAAACAGAUCAAGUGGUGCAAGAGACUAUCCGUACUGCGUUUAAAGACAGAACUAUUCUGACGAUUGCACAUAGAAUCAAUACGAUCAUGGAUAACGAUAGAAUCAUAGUUUUAGAUCAUGGUCGUAUAGCCGAAUUCGAUACCCCAGAAAACUUAUUAAGCCGUACCGAUUCACUAUUCUACUCUUUGUGUAGUGAGGCAGGUUUAUUGAAGAAAAAAUGA